AUGGACUUCGCCUCGUUGAUGUCCAAGGAGCUCUCCAAAGCCUCCUCCUCCGUCCCUUCUGAUAAGAAAUAUAUAUCCCGUCGCGAAGCCGAAGAGCAACGCCGCAAGGCCUACCUCGAAGAACAGAAACGACUCGAGGAAGAGCGUGCCGCGAAAGCAGCCGAAAAGCGCCGGCGCGAGGAAGAGGCCGCUGCUGAAGCCCGCGCGAGGGAAGAAAAGCGCAGAAAGCUUGCGGAAGAACAGCGCGCUCGGAAGGCUGCCAAAGAAGCUGAGGAGGAGAGGGCAAGACGGAGGAGGUUAGGCCUUCCGGAGGUCCCACCCACAGCCGAGAACGAAGAGAAGGAGAAGGAAAAGAAGAAGCAAGAAGAGGAAGCAUGGGACGAAGACGACGAAUGGGGUCUAGGCGAGGACGCAAGGCGCGACAUUCCAGACGACGAACUCACGACAAAACUGCGCUCUCUGGGUGAACCAGCCCUCCUUUUCGGCGAAGACCACUCCGCCCGGUUACGGCGCUAUCGCACUGCGCUGCGCAGAGAGCGCGGCCUAGCCUUGCCAACGGGCCCGAUUGAGACAAGUCUCCCGCCAGUAGAAGAAAAGGAUAUGAAAGUCCCUCCCAAGGCCCCCCCAGCGUCAGACCGGAAGGCGCGCAGAUUCCUGUUCCGCCAGCUGGCUUCCUACUUCAACAUGGUUCUGCGCGAGUGGGAGGCCGCUUUGGCAAGGGAAGACAACGCCGACACGUUUGCUGGACAAGCAGCGCGCAAGGCGUGCUCGUCCAGUAAAGAAACAAUGAGGCCCCUCUUCCGGAAAUUUGAAACGGGAGAUCUUGAUGAGGAGAUCCUGAGCGCGAUAGUGGAGAUUGUGCAUGCGGCACAGGAGAGGCGGUACGUGGAUGCGAACGAUGGGUAUCUGAGGUUGAGUAUCGGCAAGGCGGCAUGGCCUAUCGGUGUGACGAUGGUUGGUAUUCACGAACGUAGUGCGCGCGAGAAGCUGCAUGAUGGUGAAAGGGGACAUAUUAUGGGCAGUGAAAUCACAAGGAAGUACUUGCAGAGUAUCAAGCGGUGCUUGACGUUUGCGCAAGUUAGGUGGCCGCCGGAGGAUGUGAGGCAGUUGAUGGGGUAG